AUGGCGGCGGUGGCCGCGCUCCUGCUGGGUCUGGCGCUCCUGGCGCCGCGGGCGGCCGGCGCGGGCAUGGGCGCGUGUUACGACGGCGCGGGGCGCCCGCAGCGCUGCCUGCCCGUGUUCGAGAACGCGGCGUUCGGCAGGCUAGCCGAGGCCUCCCACACGUGCGGCCGCCCGCCCGAGGACUUCUGUCCGCACGUGGGCGCUCAGGGAGCGGGGGCGCAGUGCCAGCGCUGCGACGCCGCCGACCCCGAGCGCCACCACAACGCCUCCUACCUCACCGACUUCCACAGCCAGGACGACAGCACCUGGUGGCAGAGCCCGUCCGUGGCCUUCGGGGUGCAGUACCCCACCUCGGUCAAUAUCACCCUCAACCUGGGGAAAGCUUACGAGAUCACCUACGUACGGCUGAAGUUCCACACCAGCCGCCCUGAGAGCUUCGCCAUCUACAAGCGCAGCCGGGCCGGUGGUCCCUGGGAGCCCUACCAGUACUACAGCGCCUCCUGCCAGACGACCUACGGCAAGCCCGAGGGCCAGUACCUGCGCCCCGGCGAGGACGAGCGCGUGGCCUUAUGCACCUCCGAGUUCAGCGACAUCUCCCCGCUGAGCGGGGGCAACGUGGCCUUCUCCACCCUGGAGGGCCGGCCCAGUGCCUACAACUUUGAGGAGAGCCCCGUGUUGCAGGACUGGGUCACCAGCACUGAGCUCCUCAUCUCCCUAGACCGGCUCAACACGUUUGGGGAUGACAUCUUCAAGGACCCCAAGGUGCUGCAAUCCUACUACUACGCCGUGUCGGACUUCUCUGUGGGUGGCAGGUGCAAGUGCAACGGGCACGCCAGCGAGUGUGGCCCCAACGAGGAGGGCCGGCUGGUCUGCCGAUGCCGGCACAACACCGCGGGCACAGACUGCGAGCGCUGCCUGCCCUUCUUCCGGGACCGCCCGUGGGCCCGGGCCACAGCCGAGGCGGCCAGCGAGUGUCUGCGCCCCCAGGCGGCCCUUCGCUGCCCCGGCCCCCAUGCGACGUGGCUGGCACUGCCUAACCUCACAGACACGCUGGAGGGGAUGUUGCCAUCCUACUUUUUCCAGGAACGGGGGCCGCGCCUCCGGGUGACGGUCGGGCGGGUAUUGUCAUACAGUCACAGGGACACCACCACCAGGAUUGAGGCUACUGCUCGGAGGGCCCUGCUCACCUCCAACAGCAGUUACGUGCUUCUCUGGAGUCUGGUGGAGGGGAGAACAGCCCUGGAGGCCCAGCAGGAGCUAGAGGAAAGGUACCAGGAGGUAUACGCGGCCCAGAGGGCGCUGGGCACGGCCGUGGCAGAGGUGCUGCCUGAAGCUGAGAGGGUGCUGGCCGCCGUGCAGCAAGUCGGCGCAGAUGCAGCCCAGCGCCUGGCCUCACCGGCUGCCCCUGCGGCACCGCCUCAGAAGUCCCAGGCCAGGACCCUUGGCCUGAAGGUGCAGGCCCUGGAGAAGACGGUCACAUCGAGAGAGCGCGUGGUCACCGAGGCUGCCCAGGCCCUCCAGGCUACCGCCCAGGCUGUGCUGCACAAGACAGAGCCUCUUACUCAGCUGCACCGGGAAGCCAGAGCUGCCCUGACCUGGGCUUCCUCAUCUGUCCAGGCUGCCAUGGUGACUGUCACAGGAGCCAGGACUCUGCUGGCUGACCUGGAAGGAAUGAAGCCAAGGUUUCCUCGGCCCAAGGACCAGGCCGCACUGAGGAGGAAGGCAGCCAUCGUCCAGGACAGGCUCCUUGCAGACUCCAAAAAGAAGACCAAGCAGGUGGAGAGGAUGCUGGGAAAUGCGGCAUCUGUCUCCUCCAGUGCCAAGAAGAAAGGCAGGGAAGCCGAGCUGUUGGCCAAGGACGGUGCCCAGCUGGCCGAGGCCUUGCUGAGGGAGGGGAAGCAAGAGCACCGCCGGGCCGGCCGGCUCUCCAGCCAGACGCGGUCGAUGCUCCGACAGGCCUCCCAGCAGGUGCUCUCCUCAGAAGCACGCAGACAGCAGCCAGAAGCAGCUGAUCGGGUGGGUGCCGGGCUGAGCGAGAUGCAGCGGCAGAUCCGAGAAUCACGCACCUCUCUGGAGAAGGACACCGAAGCCUUGUCGGAGCUGCUUGCCAGGCUGGGGUCACUGGACACCCUCGGAGCCCCCGCCCGGGCCCUGAAUGAGACCCAGCGGGCACUGGAGCGCCUGAGGCUGCAACUGGGCCCACCGGGGGCGCUGCAAGGGAAACUGAGGCUCUUGGAGCAGGAGUCGGCACAGCAGCAGCUGCAGAUCCAGAGCUUCGAGAGCAGCCUUGCUGAGAUCCGUGCUGACAAGCAGAAUCUGGAGGCCAUUUUGCAUAGCCUGCCCGAGAGCUGUGCCAGCUGGCAGUGAGGGCUGCCCGGCCCCACGGUGCCCCCGGCCCAGGGCAUGCACGCCCGCCACAGGUGCGCCGUGCAGGCGCGCUCCCCAGAUCCUGCUGCUGCGUGCCCUCCUGAGUCUGUGCCCACACCCCCUCCACACCGGCAGGGGUGAGCGUGCAUUCAGAGCUCACCCAGGCGGCUACGGCGUGCGCGCCCCCAUCAGCGUGCACUCCCACCCCAUACACACAUACCCCUGCACAGGUACAUGCGGACAUGUGCCCGUGUGUGCAGUGCACACGUGUGCAAGUCCAUGCAUGGGUGGUGCGCCCCCUCUGGAUGCUGGGGC